AUGAACCGUCAGUAUGUUGAAGACCGGAUUGCAGAAGUGGCCCUUCUUCCUUUCACCUGGAACGUGGAAACACCUGGGCCUCAUUAUGCUCUUUGUCUGAAGAUGUCGCGGCUUAAGCAGUUAGUGUUCAACUUUGAAUUUGGAUCUGUAGACCCCAGGAUUGUUAAGCUUGACAUCUCUUUAAAUGAACUGCAAGAGAUUUCACCCGAAGCUCUUUUCCCGUUUGAGAAUUUGGCCGAGCUGGACGUGUCGCUUAAUGCUUUAAGCACUUAUAACGCGAUCGGAGAGGUGAAGGAGCUGGAAAACUGCCCCCGCCUGUCCGUCCUACAUGUGUCCCACAACCGCUUGAGAAGCCUCGCGGAGAUCCCUCUCUUGAGUAACCUGACGCAGCUAAAUUUGUCUUCGAAUCAGUUGCAGUCUCUGGAAGGGGUGCAGAACCUCCCCCGGCUCUGCGAGCUUCACGUGCAGAAGAACCGCAUUGCAAGCCUCCUGCCUCUGGCUUCUUCGCUGUCUCUCAACGUCCUCUGUGCCUCCGGCAAUGACAUUGGCGGGCUGCCCGAGGCUCUGCACGUGCUCAGAGGCCUCCGCAGGCUGAAACAUCUCACGCUCAAGGACAACCCAGUGGCGCGAGACAACCGCUACACCACUGCCAUCAAGGAGUCCACCUCCGUGGAGAUACUGGACGGGAUGUUUCUCCACGACCCGCCAAGUCUUUCUGCUCUCCCUCUGCACAUGUGGUCCCUCCUCCGGGAACCGGCAUCCAGUUCAACCAACAUAGCCCAAGCCAAAGCAGACCUGAAGGAUGUGGCCAGGAGAGCCUUCGGCGCUAGGCUGCAGCGGAAGAGAGACGACGUCGGCAGCGCUGUGCAUCACUUUCAUUCCAGGAUAUUGGAACUGCAGGAAGAGUUGACAGGCUAUGAAGAAAGACUCAGACUGGAAUUGGAUGGGUGCGAAAGAUUCAUCCAAGCUCUUCCAUCGGAGGAUUUCCAAAAGUUGGACAAUCCUCAGGAGAUUGCCGAAGCCAUGGACAAGUACCUGUUCACCAAAUUCUGGGAAAAGUGGCAGAGGGGUCGAAGGAAGCCUGCCUGUCUACCCUACAAGGAGCUGAGCAAGCCAGAGGAUGUGGUGAACGCCGCUGCUCAUCUCCUCUCGAAUCUGCCGUGCUGUGUCUCCCCCACCUUCUGAACCCGUUUCCUCUGGGGAUCUUGCCUUGUUCCAUCAAUUGUUGG